AUGAAGCUAGAGGCACAGCGACCUGUCAUUGGUGGAGGCUUGAUCUCCCAAGGACUCAGAGAAGGGGCAAAGAGGCACAGUGAGCCGCGGUGCCAGCUGCAGACGAGUGAGUGCAGAGCCAUGGGCGGCCGCUGCAGCCUCGCCUGUACCACAGAGGAGGAAUAUUACCAGGACAUCUGCUCCACCAGACACUGCUUCUGCUGCGUUACCAAGCCGCGGUGCCAGCUGCAGACGAGUGAGUGCAGAGCCAUGGGCGGCCGCUGCAGCCUCGCCUGUACCACAGAGGAGGAAUAUUACCAGGACAUCUGCUCCACCAGACACUGCUUCUGCUGCGUUACCAGACCUUCAUGCCAGUCCCAGACGAGGCUGUGUCAAGCCAUGGGCGGCCGCUGCAGUCUUGUGUGUGACGUUGAGGAGGACACACGUCCCUACCUCUGCUCCUCUGACCGCUGUUCCUGCUGUGUCAGAGGCAAGUUCUAUCCUCCUUUACCACUUUAUGGAGGCAUCUGGAAGUUGUUAAGUAUCAUUGUUUCCAGAGAGUAA